CCCUCUGGGACAGAUCUGUUUGGGAAACUGCUGGAUCAUAUUUCAACAGGACCAAACCGAUUUCUCUCACCAUGUCAAACCAGUCAACCCAGUCUUAUCAUGAAGGGGCCUACAGGGUUCUGAUGAGGGGUCUGACGGAGCUGGACCUGCGGGGCACCGGGGUUCCCUGUACUCUGGAGCUGGCUGGAGAAAAUGCCUUCCCUUUAUUAAUAGACAGCCAUGGUCAGGUCCUGAUGGCUGCCUCUCUUUACGGCCGUGGCAGACUUGUCGUCCUGAGCCAUGAGAAUUACCUGACCAUGUUCCCUGCUCUGGUGGAGAACGCUCUUACCUGGCUGGGAGGAGAGGAAUCUGAAAACCACUCUGUGGGGGUGCAACAAAACCUAAGUUCAGUUGCUAAUAAUCUCAAUAAAUCAGUCUUCCAGGUCAGUGUUGUGGAGGCUUUCAGUGAAAAUCCAGCAGUUGGUGUGUAUGUAACAGAUGCUUACACCGUGGAGGCAGAAUCAGCAGCCCUGGUGGCCUUUCUGAAGGCAGGAGGAGGGGUGCUGAUAGGGGGACAAGCGUGGCACUGGUCUUACCAAAACCCCAACGUUCUCCUGCAAUUUCCAGGAAACAAAGUGUCAGGGGUGGCAGGAAUCUACUUUUCUGCAGAAUAUGGUAAUGCAGAAAACCUGCCGAUUUACCCUGAAAUCCCAUCUUGUCUGAAAGCCAUUGGCAACCGUAAGGAUUUAAAGGAGGACCUGGAGUUCCUGCUCAAAGGGAUUUCAGGGUUUGACCUCCAAGGAGGUUUUGGUGCCUCCUCAGUUCUGGUCCACGGUCCUCUAGCCUUCCCCAUCGGUAUUACGGAGGAUGAACAAGUGUUCCUGGCAGGAACCUACUAUGGUCUGGGACGAGUCAUUGUGGCGACACAUGAAACCGUUCUGGAACUAGAGACACUGGCACCGUUUUGGAAGAAUGCAUUUGACUGGCUAGACCAAGGCCGGAAGGGGAUUGUUGGUUUUAUGCCAGAAAUUAACAACAUAACCCACUCAGAGUUAGUGUGUGAGAAGACAGACUUCAGGAAAGACCUGAGCGUGUUUGUGUGUACAGCGUACUACGAUGAGCACGCUCACGAAAUCCAAAGCUUUGUAGCUGAAGGGGGAGGUCUUGUGAUUGGAGGACAGUCUUGGAACUGGGCAUACAGUACACACUUGGGACAAAACCCACUACAAAAGUUCCCAGGUAACAAGAUCCUGAACAAAAUGGGCCUGAGCGUGUUGAAGAAUACAAUUCAAAACAGUUUCUACAAGCCUCCUGAGAUCAACCACACCAACCACUCACACUUUCGCUCUUUCCUGAGCCGCUUCAUUGGUCAUGUUACUGAGGGCGAAAAACUUUCCGAACAAGAGGAACAACGUCUUAAAAAACUAGGAAUGGAGUGUACCAAGUUCUUGGAAAUGAAAGCGUACCAUAGCUUCUCCUACAUGCAGGUUCUGUCCAUCCUUACUGACACCUUGAAGAAAACAGGCAUGCCACAGGUGAAUGAACAGAACCCUGUGAAGAAUCUGACGGAUAAACUACUCCUGAGUUUGGGAAGAGUGUUGUAUAAUGUUUCCCCAAACCAGGAUGCCCUGCUGCCCUACUUAAUUAAGGAUAACCCAUCACUGCCUCUUGUCUACAACCAAAGGAUCAAGAUCAAUGCCAAGACAGCAGAAAAUGAAGAAUGGAUCAGUACAGGUCUGUACCUUUCUCCUGGCCUAAAGACCGACAUGAUCAUACCAGCAACAUUCGUCAACAAGAACUGGAAGAUCCUGAUAGGCUGCCAAAGUGACUGGCUGGAUGCUGAAGAGUUAAAGAGAGCUUCUCGUGCUACAAAGGAAUUCCUUGUUACCUCAGAGUUGAUGCAGGUGUGGAACUUGUGGGGGGGGCUCAUCUACCUGGUGGCUCCAUGUGACAUCAAGGUUGAGGAGGAAGAGGUUGUGGUCCAAGUGGCUGUGUCUGCUCCAUACUACAAGUCUGGUGUGACGACAGCAGAUGAAUGGUCGGUGCUGCGUGCAGCUCCUUCACCCUGGGCAGAGUUGGAGUUUGACAACAUCAUCCUCUCUGUACCAUCACACAUUGUUCGUGACCUGCAGCAUCCUGAUGAGGUGGCAAAACUCUGGAACGACAUCAUGAAGGGGGUGGCUGAUCUGGCUGUCAUAGACAACUUUGACCGCAAAGAGCGCAUUGUAGCUGACGUGCAGAUUUCUCAUGGUUGGAUGCACUCUGGCUACCCAAUCAUGAUGUACUCUUCAGUAGCAGCAGAGCUGGUCAGACCAAAAGACGCCAGGACCGAAGGUCUGUGGGGAGAAAUCCAUGAGCUGGGACACAACCAACAGAGAAGAUGCUGGGAGUUCUCGGGACACACUACAGAGGCCACGUGUAACCUAUGGUCUGUUUAUGUGCAUGAGGAGGUGCUGGGACUCAACAGAGCUAAGGCUCAUCCUACCCUGACCUUGGAAACACGAAAGCAGUGUGUAGAAGACUAUGUUAAGUCAGGCAGGAACCUCGAUAACUGGCACGUCUGGACUGCACUGGAGACGUACUUGCAGCUCCAAGAAAAGUUUGGUUGGGACACUUUCAAAAAAGUGUUUGCUGCCUAUCAUGACAUGAGCGACUUUCCUGGAGACAACCCAGGAAAGAUGAACCUGUAUGCUGAGACCUUCUCUCGCUCUGUGGGGAUGAACGUGACAGGAUUCCUUAAAGCCUGGGGAUGGCCCAUCGAAAGGGCCACUGAGGAGAAGCUCUCUAGCCUUGCUCCCUGGAGUGAUCAUCCCAUGGUCCAGUAUGCCUGAACUUCAGAGUUGAUCUAGUUUAGGGUGUUUAGUGAUCAUUCUUGGUAAUUAGUUUUCAGCCAUGUAUUACUUUCAUCAUGGUAGUUGUUGGAAAUGGACACAUUAUGAAAUGGAAAUCCCUUUCUCUAUGUCUGAGAGCACAUAAUUAGGUGUCAGAAGUGACCAUAUCCAAAACUUUAAC